AUGCUCCCCUGGUACGCUUCUCAGGCUGACCCAAUCCUGACUCUGCAGUCGAUAACCUCUGCUUUCUCCGUCCUAUCUCCCGAAGCCACGGCCGAACGAUUGACCACCUCCCUCACCAUCGGCCUGCCUCAGACAGAAGUGUCGGUGCGGCUACACGACUAUGGACCCAACGAACUACCGCACGAGGAACCGGAACCGCUAUGGCUGCGGUUCCUCAAGCAGUUCAAAGAAACACUCAUACUGCUACUCCUUGGUUCGGCGGCGGUAUCCUUCCUCAUGGGCAAUCUGGAAGACGCCAUCAGCAUUACGGCAGCGGUGACAAUCGUGGUCACCGUAGGCUUUGUCCAAGAGUACCGAUCCGAGAAGUCGCUCGAGGCAUUGAACCAGCUGGUACCUCAUUCGGCGCAUGUCAUACGCGGUAGUAGUGAGCCGGCGUCGCGAAGGAAGCGGUCUAGGGCCAAUCGAGAAGAUGACCCCGGCAUAGAGAUGCAGAAUCUAGGGGACACGGCCGCCGACCUUGAGGCUGCGGAGCGGGCAUCGAAGACCAUACCAGCCUCGCAGCUUGUUCCUGGCGAUUUGGUACUCUUCCACACAGGCGAUCGCAUUCCGGCCGACAUCCGCAUCACGCACGCCGCUGACCUCACAAUCGAUGAGUCGAAUCUUACCGGAGAGAACGAGCCUGUCGCGAAGUUCCCCGACGCCAUCGGAUCCGCUGGCAGCUCUCGUGGCAUAGCAACACCUUAUGCUCCAUCUCCUUUGUACGCUUCCCCAGCCACCGGAGCUGUUGGCGCAGAUAUACGACUAAAUGACCAGACCAACAUCGCCUUCAUGGGCACGCUGGUGCGGUCGGGGUACGGUCAAGGCCUUGUGAUAGGAACAGGCCCAGACACGGAGUUUGGAGCAAUCUCGACUUCCCUACAAGAGAUAGAAAGCCCUCGGACACCACUACAGUUAUCAAUGGAUCGCCUAGGGAAAGAGUUAAGUUACAUGUCAUUCGCAGUCAUCGCCUUCAUCAUGCUAGUGGGCAUGUGGCGAGGCUGGCAAUUCCUGGAGUUGUUCCAGAUCGGCGUGUCACUAGCAGUGGCUGCCAUACCGGAAGGUCUACCGAUUAUCGUUACCGUCACAUUGGCACUCGGGGUGCUUCGGAUGUCCAAGCGGAAUGCCAUUGUCAGACGGCUCCCGAGCGUCGAAACGCUUGGCUCAGUCAAUGUUGUAUGCAGUGACAAGACAGGCACUUUGACCACGAAUCACAUGACCGUUACCAAGUUGUGGCAUUUCGACGAAGUUGCACCCAUCGAUGUGUCGAAGAAGGAAAGGUCAUAUGCGCUCGACCCUGCGACUCGCACCAUCUUGAGGAUUGGGAAUAUUGUCAACAACGGACGCCUACUCCAUCCUGAUUCAAAUAGUCCCUCCACAGCCGCUUCAGCAGCAGUCUUAUCAUCUACGAUGGGCGAUGAUGCCUCCAACCUCAAGAGUCGAUGGGUCGGACAGCCCACGGACGUCGCUCUGCUCGACUUGCUCGAUUCCUUUGGCGAAGAUGAUGUUCGAGAGCGGAUUGGCAGCCGGCGCAAUGAGACUCCUUUCAGCUCGGAGCGCAAGUGGAUGGGAGUCGUGGUCCAGGGCAACCCGGCAGCCGACUCUAGCAGCGUCAGCGACGUCGCCUAUAUCAAAGGUGCUCUCGAGAAGGUCCUCGAACGGUGUGACACCUACAUCACCGCUCAGGGCCGAGAAGUCGUGCUAGAUCAGAACAGAAGACAAGAAGCUAUCAAGGCGGCAGAUUUAAUGGCCCAAGACGGCCUGCGAGUGCUAGGAUUUGCCAGCGGAAGUACCCGGAAGCACGGUAGCGUAGGUUCCCAGCUCAGUGCCCAGCUCGGUUCUAGAAGUGGUACAUCUACGCCUCUAGACCGAAGCGGCACGUUACCGCCAAAAGAAGAGGACCCUUAUCAUGGCCUAGCUUUUGCAGGUCUGGUUGGCAUGAACGAUCCACCCCGAAAGGGUGUUGACCGGUCUAUUCGCAGGCUGAUGGCUGGUGGUGUAAAGGUCAUCAUGAUCACCGGAGACGCUGAGACUACCGCCGUUGCGAUAGGCAGGAAGCUCGGCAUGCCGAUCAACAUGAACUCCGCCAUCGGCUCUGCGGUGCUGCGCGGCGAUGAGCUCGAUCGGAUGUCCGAAGAACAGCUCUCACAAGCGAUAGCCACCACCUCCAUCUUUGCUCGCACAAGCCCCGAACACAAGCUCAAGAUCGUCCGAGCACUGCAGUCCCGCGGCGAUGUCGUCGCCAUGACCGGCGACGGCGUAAAUGACGCGCCUGCCCUCAAGAAAGCCGACAUUGGCAUCUCGAUGGGCAAGCUCGGCACGGACGUCGCGAAAGAAGCAGCCGACAUGAUACUAACGGACGACGACUUCUCAACCAUCCUCAGCGCCAUCGAAGAGGGCAAGGGCAUCUUCUACAACAUCCAGAACUUCCUCACCUUCCAGCUCAGCACCAGCGCCGCCGCGCUCAGUCUCGUCCUCCUCAGCACCUUCCUCGGUUUCCCGAACCCGCUCAACGCUAUGCAGAUCCUCUGGAUCAACAUCCUAAUGGACGGCCCGCCCGCCCAAUCCCUUGGCGUCGAGCCCGUCGACCCAGCCGUAAUGACGCGCCCGCCCCGCUCCAAAACCGCGCGCGUCUUGACGCGGCCCCUGCUCCAACGCGUCCUGCAAUCCGCAACAAUCAUCAUGCUCGGCACGCUCAUGACCUACAUCCGCGAGAUGUCGAUCGACGGCCAAGUGACUGCCCGCGACACAACCAUGACAUUCACCUGCUUCGUGCUGUUCGACAUGUUCAACGCGCUGACGUGCCGCAGCGAGGCGAAAUCGGUAUUGCGAGGUGAGAUCGGGCUCUUUGAGAACCGUAUGUUUAAUUUUGCGGUUGCGGGGAGUUUGGUCGGGCAGAUGGCGGUGGUGUAUUUGCCUGUGCUGCAGAGGAUCUUUCAGACCGAGGCGCUGGGGGCGCUGGAUCUGGUCUAUUUGUGUGCGGUUGCGAGUUGUGUUUUUUGGGCGGAUGAAGGGAGGAAGGCGUAUAAGCGGUGGAGGAGGGGGAGGGGGUUGGGUGGGUAUAGCGGUAGCGUGUGA